AUGGACGGUGAGAGUGGCAGUCAUGACGCGUGGGUGGUUUUCGCGUCUCUCAUUCUGUUUUUCGUUGCCGGAUGGAUAUUCUACACAAAACAGUUAUUCAAGAACUAUGAAGUGCAUAACAAGUAAGCUUUUUGUUGUAUUCACAAAAAUUUAGCAGCCCGUUAUAACAACUUCUUGCAGACUAGUACAAUUCAUCUUCUCCUUUACGUUCUCUUUAUCCUGUUCGCUUUUCGAGCUCAUCAUCUUCGAAAUUGCUGAUGUUCUGGAUCCAACGUAAGAUUCCUGGUCAAUUCUGUUGGUUUACUGAGAAAUUGUUUGCAGAAGUCGACAAAAAUGCUGGACAUAUUGCUUAUCGACAAUACUUUUCACAUUGGUCGUUAUAAUUCCACUCUACAUGGCGUAUUUACUGAUUCAAACCGUCAAUUUCAGCAAGUUCCAUGGUUCUUUAGCCAGUUAUCGAUUUUUUGCAGUCCGACCAAAAUUCCUUCUACCGCUCACUGUCUUCUCCUGGUUCGUGUUCCUCUACUUUUUCUGGAAAAUCGGAGAUCCAUUCCCAAUUCUAAGUGCAAAGAAUGGUAUUUCUUUGCUAAUUUGUCAAGAAAAACAGUAGAUUUUAAGGGAUUUUCACGAUCGAACAGGUGAUUUCACGCGUCGGCGUCAUUGGAGUCACAGUUAUGGCGAUUCUGUCAGGGUUUGGAGCCGUAAACGCUCCGUACACCUACAUGACCAUUUUUAUGAGACCGGUUUGUGGUUUUAUGAAAAUUAAUCAUUGGAAAUUGAAGUUUAGGUCGAACAAAUGCAAGCGCAACAAUUGGAGAAAAGGAUGACGCACGCGAUGGACAUGAUUGUGAGCAAAAAACGAAAAUUGGCGCGGAAUGAGUUAGAGUUGAAGAGAUUGAACGCCGAUAAAAGUCAGAAACUUAGUUUUCUAAUGAUUUCUUCAGAAAUUCUCGUUUCAGAUGGUCAAGAGCCCAGCUUCCUGUCCAAAUUGUGGUCGAACUUCAGUGAAAGCAGCAGUGAAACAAAUUUACAGUCUCAGAUAAGGUAUUGAACUUUUUGUACCGAAACAAUUAUAGAAUUCAUAAUUUUCAGCCGGAUGAGGGAAGAAAUCAAGCCGCUGGAGACAUUGAGCAGAUAUUUGUUUCUGGAGUUGGUGGAAUUAGAGAAUAUGCUAGACAGAGUAGCUUUCAGGUAGGUUUCCGUUUGAUGAUACAGAAAAAAAGUAAACUUUCAGUAAAACCUUCCUCGGGAUGUACUUCAAUGUUCUCGGCCAUUUCUUCUCGCUCUAUUGCAUGUGGAAGAUCUUCAUCUCGUUGAUUAAUAUCAUUUUCGAUCGAGUCGGCAAGGUACUACUUUUAGUAUCGAAAUAAUUAGGAAAGCACAUAGUGAUUCAUUGGAAGUCUUUAAAAUAACUCGUCCUGAUAGCAGGAUAUGAUUUUCGAAAAUCGGCCCGGCCCGCAUUCGAUUGUUGAAUUUGUAAAUUGAUAAAAUUAAAAAAAGUAUUGUUCGGAAAUAGAGACAGCGCAAAAAUUGCAGGUGGAUCCUGUGACAAGAAUGAUCGAAAUCAGUGUGAACUAUGUCGGAAUUGAAAUGGAUGUUCGGUACUGGUCGCAAUACAUUUCAUUCUUCCUGGUCGGAGUGAUUGCGAUCACAUCAAUCAGAGGUGAGAUUUAUGGGAUUCGCUGCGGGAGAGGGGUACAGUUGUUUUUCACUAAGUUCCACCAUGCUUCUGGGGGUAAUUUGCAUAAAACGAGUGGAUUUUAAAGUAGUUAGUAGUUGCAGAACCAUUUUUCGAAACAUUGAAAUUCUGUCUAGCUAGCGCGCAUUCUUCAAACGAUCAAAUUGUGUAUUUCAAGUCCUUAAUGGCUCGCUCACAUUACAUUGCACAUUUUUCAGGUCUCCUCAUCACCAUGGCCAAAUUCUUUGUCUCGAUUUCCAACAUCCGCUCCUCUAACAUCAUUGUGCUCGGAUUUGCCCAAAUCAUGGGCAUGUACUUUGUCUCCAGUGUACUUCUGAUGCGCAUGAAUGUACCACUGGAGUACCGCACAAUCUUGACCCGUAUUCUGGGUGAUCUUCAGUUCAACUUUUAUCAUCGCUGGUUUGAUGUUAUAUUUUUGAUCUCUGCAGUUAGUUCUAUAGCUGUUCUGAGUCUUAUUCACAAGUCCGGACAGCAUAGAUUCCGGCCAUAAGUCUAUUUCAAGAAUUGUUUUUGGAAAAUUAGGUAUUCAAGUUGGGUACUUUACGAGUUUACGGUAUUACAGUUGGUUUGUUAAAAAAAAUCAGAUCAAGUAGUCAAGUGCAUGCAUUCCUUAUAGCUUUUGCCAAUCCUUCUCUCUCGCUCUCACUCUCCUUCCGAUGUUUUCUUUCAGUUCCAAUAAAUUUCAAACUUCACACCUUUUUUGGCCAAAUAAAUAAAGCGCAAAAGAUCAAUGUUCGUGCAUCUUGACGCCUCGCCCAAAGCGGCCAAUCCAAAAAACGUCUGGACACACGCACUCACAUAUAAAACUGAAAUUCGCUAGAUAAAACGCGGCAGAUAAUGGCAAAAACUCGCCAUCGGAAUGCAAACAUUGGUACCUGGAAAAAGUGCAUCGGGAGGCCCCUUAUUGCAGCGGCGAUACUAAUCUCGUUCAAAUAUGCGUUGCGCACCCACAAAAAGCGCGACACAAAUCGUUGUCCGUGAUGAGGAUAAGAGCGAGCGGAGGAAGGGGAGAACGGAGGAACGUCCCCAUACUCCCUACAGUAACCACAAAAAGCGGUGGACGCCGCCGCCGCCGCCGUCGCCUUUCCGAUGAAGCAAAGAUGUGGAUACCAGAUAGGCGGGGCGUCCGCACUAUUCAUUUCUUCCUCGACACAUUCCUUUGACACCCUCAGCCUUUCGCGGUUUUAGCUGGAAACUUCCGAGUUAGAAUUAUCACUUUACCUUUUAUCGUUGAUAUGUUUGUGUAAAUGCGUAAUUUGUAAGUUUCAGGUAUAACUUGAGGUGUGAUGAGGCUUCUGGAACUUGUCAUACUCUUACCACUGGUUCUCUUCAAACCAACGGUUCAAUCACGUAAGUUUAUGCAUGUUUGCUCGAUUUAGUUUAACUUUGCUGUGCUCUUCUAUCUUAAAAGGGAAUUUCACUGGGAUUGAAUAGUAACUUUUUGAAACCCCGUUCCUGAAAAAGCAUUCUUGUCGCCUUUAAAAGCAAAUUCAGUCCCUAACAUUGUCUGCAAACUAAACCCUUGCUCAUUUCCAGAAUGCAUCGUCUCUGAAUGGGGAACGUGGUCGAAAUGCCAUGGUGGUUGCCAGAAAGGUCUUAUUGUCCGCAACCGAGACGUUUUGCAACCACCUUUACCCGAACUGACACCGGAAGGCAAGAUGAUGCAGAGAUUGUGCCCUCAUCUUUACGAAACUCGCUAUUGUGAUCAGACUACUUGUGAUUCCGAACAUCAGGUAAGCGUUUGUUAUUUUCCCAUUCCGCCUGGAUGAUUUGUGAUCCGUUAAAGGGCGCCUGCCCCUACCCCACCCCUUAAAACGCUUAUCUCAGCUCAUCUUACCGCGGCGCCGUAGCCCUAAAAGGCGUUUGAAGAGAAAAGGGAAGUGUGAGAGCGUAUCUGUAGAAAAAUUUUAAUGAGGUGCUUAACGGACGCUUUUCUAACACCUUAAAGCUCGUUAAGAUUCAAUCUUUUUGCUAUUAUCCACAUCCAAAACAGUCGGUGAACCGUCUGUGCGAAGCAAUUUGACUCACUUGAUUUAUAGCCUCCAUACCCCUCUAUCUAACGUUCUUCCACGCAACUUACUGUCCCUACCUCCCCCUAUCCUUUUCCUGUUUGUAGGUCACUUUUUGAAAUAAAACAGAGAAGGAAAGUGCAGGUUUUCCCAAAAAGUUCUUUGGCCAAAGCGCUUAAUAUUGGGGGGGAGCGAGGAGUAUAAUUGAAAUGUCAUGUCACUUUUACGGAAACGACACUGUUGCAGGUCAAUUUCCAGCCAUCCGUUCGUGUCGAGAACCUCCUUCAAAGUGUGGCUAAUGGACAACAGAAUGCUGGCGAUGAGUCGCCGUCUUCGGCAAGAAAUCUUGUCGAGAGGCAAAUGAAGAAAGUUGGAUUUGGUCGGGAUGAUGAUCCUACGGUAUGUCUGGAAAAGUUGAUAAUAGCAAACGCAGAUGCGGACUUUACAUAGACAUUUGAAAUUUCUGAUACCUACUGGUCUAAUAUCCACAAAAGUCUACAGCUUUUCUGUUUGGCCAUUUCCAAAAUCAAGUGCACAUACUUCAACAUUAGUUUUUCUUCUGAUACUUGUUAGAGCGGAUAAUGCCGUAAUUUCUUAAUAACAGUCUUUUGAUUGUGCAAAUUAAAAUAUUUGAGUGGAUAACAAAAAAAAAAUUCAGAAAGUUUUCCGACUACGCUCUCAAUUUACAGCAAGCCGAGCUCAAGCGCAAGUUCAUCAGUGAAACCGAACAGUUGUUCAAACUCGACGACGCAAUCAACCGUCGGUACGGCCCUCAACCUUCCGACAAUCUUGUCAGUAGCAACAACAACACUUCGAUAAUCGACAUUUCCACGCAACAAAUGUCCAGCAGACAGUGGCGAGACGACAGUAAGUAGUGCUAAUCAUAGCUAACUUCAGCUGAUUAGUGCGCUACUAAACUGGUUAUUGUCUUUUCUUUGCAGGGAUGUCAGCAUUGGUCAAGGAGAACAAAUGGACUUCUCCGACUCUUUCCUACCGAGAACAUCAACAAGCUUUUGGAUAUUCUGGGGUUUCUAGUACUCCAAGUGCCAUAAGCACUACUUCAGUGCCACCUUACGAUCUCUACCAUAGUUCGAGAAGAUUCCGACCGUCUUCUGAGCACUCGGUGACCUCCUUGCUCCGACGAAUUGAGCAAGCUUUGGACUCCAACCAGCCGCUUGAUGAGAAAUACAUCAAAAGCGCUCUGAGAAGAAACAGAAAGCUUUCCAAGUUGCUUGUAGAUGCUUACAGACAACGGCAAGGCCUUUUGAACAUAGGAACCACUACCGAAGCUCCAAUAUACUUCCCAACAUUUCCAUCCACUUUUCGUCCGGCUUAUGUAACUCCCUACCCACCUUCCACGUUUGCUCCACGGACAACUACAACUUCUACAACUUCUACCACAACUUCUCCGCCCCCAAUUCCAUCCCAAAGGUUUCACUUCACGGAGCCCCCAGGUUUUGUGACAGAGGAACCAAGUACCACCACAACUACAACCACAACAACUCCGAAAUUCACUACUACCAUAACGGAAACACCUAUCACAAUGACAACAUAUCCGGAGGAAUUAGUGGACAUGCAGCAACCGACGACUAGACCAAUGCUCUAUUGGCCAAAAACUGGAGGUUACGUACCGAACACGAGAAAACACGCGUCGGAAAUCACGGCUCAGCUUUAUAUGACCAAUGAAAUAAUUCAAACGCUUGCUGAUGAUCCACUUCCACUCGACUCUAAUCCGGAUUGUGAGUUCAUUUUGGAGAUUGUAGAUUAUAUUCUGAAAAACAGUUUCUGGGGACUCCACUGUUGAUUUGAAAAAAGGUAUACUUUCAUGAAACCCGUUUACCCCGGCUUAGAAGACAUUUGUAGACCAAACUUUAGUAAACACAGUCAGGCCCUGCAUUGAUUUAUGCAAAAUUCGCGUACUAACUGCUUUCUUAAACAUGCACUUUUCAGGCGAAGUGAACAAGCGGUGCUGCAAAAUCAUCAAGAACACAUGCUCCGACGGUGUUGACCCAAAAUUUGUGAAAAGAUGGUAUCGUCCGGUCAGUUCAAGUUCCCCGUAAAUGAACUGUUUUUAUUUUAUUUUAGAAGGGCUCAUCGGUUUGCGUGCCGUACCACUAUCCGCGCUGCUCGUCAAUGGAAGAAAUGGAAGAGUUGCCCAUCCUUUUCGAACAAAAUUGCCAAGACUUGUGCUUCUCGCAACAAGAGAAACGCAUCUCGCCAUUGUUCGUUUUGGAGUCCGAAGACGAGUAA